AUGUUCAUUUCUCUGUCUGCUAAAAACAAAUUAAGGUUUGUGGAUGGAAGUCUUGUGAUUCCUAAUAAAGAUAAACCUGAAUAUAUUAUUGCUUGGGAGAGGUGUAACAAUCUUGUUAUAUCCUGGUUACUUGCUAACUUGGAUAACAUUGUUAAGAAAAGCGUUUUAUUCUUUGAAACUGCAGCAGACAUAUGGAAAGAUUUAGAAGAACGUUUUGGUUAUUCUUCUAUAACACAAGUAUGUGCAUUGGAACAUAAGCUUGCUGAAACAACACAAGGCACUGCUAGUGUCUUUGAAUUUUAUACUCAACUUAAGACAAUUUGGGAUGAAAUUAAUGAUGCUCAUCCUUUACCACACUGCACCUGUCACAAAUGUACAUGUAAUCUUACUCAGAAGAUACGUACUAGAGAUCAAGAACAAAAGUUAAUCCAAUUCAUGAUGAAGUUGAAUGAAUGUUUUUCAACUGUGAGAGGAAACAUCCUAAUGACACAACCUCUUCCCAAGGUUGCUCAAGCCUAUAGAAUAAUUGCACAUGAAGAAAGACAUAAAGAGGUGGCUCAGCUCUAUUCUCACAAUGAAUCCUUGGCCUUUUCUGCAGCAGACAAGAGGAACUUCAAACCUCAUCAGAACAACCAACCUCCAAUUUAUCAGAAAUCAUAUUCUUCAAACAAGUCUACCAAUCUGACUGGCAAUAAGAGACCAAGCUCCCACUACUAUUGCACUCACUGCAAAGUGCCAGGACAUAACAUAGAAAGAUGUUUUAAGAUUCAUGGCUUUCCACCUGGCUUCAAGGGGUUUAAAGAUAGAAGAGUAGCAGUUGUUUCCCACUCUUCUGAAUAUUCAGAUCCUGGUUCUUCUGAAAUCAAAGCUGAUUCUAUCACUACUGAGCAGUUUAAUCAGCUUCUAAGUCUUUUACAACAACAAUAA